AUGUCCAGCAUCGACAGGUAUCGGCCUCCGAGGGAAGGCUACCAGCCGCCUUCUCUUCCGCCAAAACCGCCUCCCGCCAUCAACGACCGAUUGUCAAAGUCCCCGUUCAGGAGACGCGACGUUCCCCCCGCCGUGCCUUCCCCGCCGACACUCAGCUCCAGGACAUCGCCACCCAGACCUCUCUCGCGCCGCAGCGCGCCGUCACCCUCACAUUCUAGCCCUCGGCAACCUCCUCAACCGAGGCAGGACCAAUGGUACUUCACAUCAGACGAAGUCGCGAGCUCGCCCAGCAUCAUAGAAGGUCUACCACCGGCCGAAGAAAGAUUACGGAGAGCCAAGGGCGUCAACUUCAUCUACCAGGCCGGCAUCCUCCUCGAGCUGCCGCAAAUCACAUUAUGGGUCGCGGGGGUAUUUUUCCACCGGUUUUACAUGAGAUACAGCAUGGUGGAGGAGAAGUCGGGCAUACAUCACUACAAUAUCGCCGCGACAGCGCUCUUUCUCGCGAACAAGACGGAGGAAAAUUGCCGCAAGACCAAAGACGUCAUCAUCGCCGUCGCCAAAGUCGCACAAAAAAACACCAAGCUCAUCAUUGACGAGCAGAGCAAGGAAUACUGGCGAUGGCGCGACAGCAUCCUGACGUACGAGGAGCUCAUGCUGGAAACACUGACAUUCGACCUGUUGGUCGACAACCCGUACGCGCAGCUGUACGAGCACUUCCGGCAGCUGGACCUGGUGCACAACAAAACGCUGCGCGACUCGGCCUGGGCCUUCUGCAACGACGCCUGCCUGACCGUUCUCCCUCUACUCCUCCCCGCGCGCGACGUUGCCAUCGCCGCCGUCUUCUGGGCCACCGCCGUCACCCGCGAAAAGAUUGACGACGUUGACGGCCAGGCCUGGUGGCGCUUCCUCGGCGCCAGCGAAGCCGACACGGUCAAGGCCGUCGCCCUCAUGACCGAUUUUUACAAAAAGAACCCGCUCCGCAAGCAGGACGCCAAAGUACCCGGCUCCCCCGAGUUCAACCUCGAGAGCACCCGCCGCCGCGGCGAGCUCGGCCUCAGCCAGCUCGAGCUGGAUUCGGCGGCCAGCCAGUACGGCGGCACCCCGACCCCGCUGGGAACGGACCGCGCUGGCACGCAGAGCCCGACGAGGAGUAGAGCGAAUGGAAGGGCUGGGGAGGGGUAUGAUGCUGCUGCUGGUAUUGGUGCUGCUGCUGGUGGCAGGGUCGUGGUCAAGACUGAGGGGCUUGAUCAAGAGUCGUCGUCGUCGCUGGUCGGUAGGAAUGGGGAGGUUAAGGGUGAUUCCGACGCCGCGCUCAAGGUGGCGGCAAAUCAUAUGUCGGCUCACGAGCGGGGUCCAAAUGGUGAUGCUGCAACCAGCGGAGGACUAGUCUCCCCCCGUGUAAAGAGAGGGGGGGAGGAAAGUAGUGAGGAGAGGGACGCUAAGAAGGCCAAGCUGGAGGAUGAGGAUGAAGGGGAGAUUAAAGGCUCUUGA